CUUGCGAUCAUUCGCGAUCCCCACAAUGAACACUAGGCAAGCUGAGGCGAGCUCGUAAGCCAUUCAAUCAUUUCCUGACAUCCGACCAAGUGUUAAACUCUCCUUCUAGAAACAAGGCGAACACCGCGGGCUUCAGGUGUCCUCCCGGCUGCCAUCAUAACAAUUCGGGCAGUAGUCAAUAGCAUGGCGACGGCCAAGGGGUGCGUUUAGCGGGUUGAGUCAUCUCCGUCAAAAUACAGUGAAACCCGCCUGGCCCUUUCCUUGACUUGCAACUUGGUCGUAACCUCUGGAAACUGCCAGAAGAACAACAUGGACACUCCACAGUAUCCAGGCUACCCUUCACACUACUGGUACCCCCAGUCCCAUUCCACUGGACACUAUGCAAAUACCUAUCCCUCUGGAUCUGAAGGCCAGCCACAGUAUAAUCCACAGGUACUGCCUGCAGGAUAUCCGAACGGACAUGCCAUCUACAGCCCAGCACAGAGUCAGUAUUCAGCUAGUGGUUUCCACCUAUCCAACCCUUUUUACUGUGCUGACCCUCAGAGAGCACCCCCCGCUCCUUACCCCAACCAGAACUGUCCAGCAGAGCAAAGCAGUGGACCAGCAGCACAGCCACACUCUCAAAACCCUCAUUAUCCUGGCAUACAUUGUCAAGGGGGUCCUGGAUAUCCUCAAGGACCAUAUUCUCACUACAGUGAAGGUGGUCAUGCAAUUCCUCCAAACAAUCUUUAUCCCUCUGGCCAGUCUCUGCAUCCUAACUCUCAGGCAGAAGCUUGGGCACAUUCUGGUGCAUAUACGCCCUCACAACAGCAGUGGCAGCCAGGCCAACAGCCUCCUCAGAACCAUUAUGGAAAUCCUGUUCGUCCACUACACCCUCCAGCGUGGCCAGGGACUGGAACUGGUGCACCGCCACCUUAUCAACCUAAGGACCAGCAGCAGCAGCGUGCUACACAAGUUGGACCAAAGCCCAGGCUGACGUUAUCCCCAAAUCGCAUUGUGAAACCAUCAGAAAUCAGUUCACCCCCACAGAUAUACAACAUAACAGGCAGAAGUGAUCCCAAUCCCUCACAAAAUGAGCAUCCACCCCCUGCGCCGAACCAAUCUCAAGCUCCAGCCAACGCUGGGCCUCAGCCCCUAAGCGACAACCCCAGUUUAGCUCGGGUCCAACAAAUAAUGUUUAGAGUGCUUCUGCUUCAGGAAGACGUCGAUGAGUUUGUGGGCAAAAAAACAGACAAGAGCUAUAGGUACCUGGAGGAACUUCUGACCAAAGAGCUGCUGGAGCUAGACUCUGUGGAGACUCAGGGACUUGAAAUUGUCCGUCAAGCCCGGAAAGAGGCUGUACAAAGGAUCCAGGCCAUUUUGGACUGGCUAGAGAAGAAAGCCUUCUAAAGUGGCUCCUCUAUCAGUUUGUCGGUCUUCAUAUCCUGACAGCUUCCUUGACUUGGAGUCUUCUAAACAAAUUGCCAAGAAAGGACACAGUGCCAAAAGAUCAACAAAGCGAGGGUUUUACGGUUCAUUUGGGACCUUCAGCUCAGUUGGGGAUUUAAAUAUAAACAGGAAGAGGGCAUUCUUCAUUGUCUUCAUCCUGUUUUUUUUCUGUUUUGUUUAGUUCCAACCUGGUCUUCUGCCUCUUAGAACAUGCACAUGCCUUAACUGCCCAUUGGUGUAUGUCAUAGUCCUGUUGCAUGGUCACACUCUACACCACUUUCACAGUACUAGUUUCUUUUUCAUAGUGCUCCCUGUUUUGCAUGCUCACAAUACCUUCAUCAGUAAUUUGACCUUAAACAAAAGAAAUAUGUUAAAGGAAAAAAGAAAAAAGCUCUGAAAAUAACUGAAUUAUUUGUCCGGAAAUCUGUGAUAGAUGAAUUGUGCAACUUUAUUUAAAAUAUAUCAAACCAUUCCUUUCCCCCAUCAUUCCUCAAGCAAUGAAAUUGUAUUUUUCCAAAAACAAAUUUUAAUGUAAUUGACUUUUUUCUGUUUGUUGAAUCUUUACCACGUUCAAAAUGCCCCACAAUCUAUAUAGCAAUAACAGUUUUCCCUUAACAUUCAUGUGUUGAUUAAUAUUGAAAGGACAUAUAUUGGGAUGUUAACAAUAUACAGGGGGUAAAAAAAAGUUUGCAGGCAUUGCAUGACAAGUAAUCAUCUGUCUAAUGUGUUCAUUUUCUUGUGCUUUACAUAGAGCCCAACUGUAAAAAAAACAACAAAAAACUGUCAGGUGUGAUGCAUGUUUCCAACACAAGAUGGGAAUAUUUGCCUGAUUUAAGAGACAAAAAAAAUCAAAAUGAGAAUAAUAAAUGGUGAGUAUAUUUUUAA